AUGCCUGUGAAUCGGAUUUUCGGUAAAAGGGCGGUCUUCCGAUAUUUUGCUGGAGCAGGAGUCUUCUACUGUGUCGCCCACACAAUAGCUCGUCAUGUGGGUGAACUGGUGAUUUGCUCCGGGCCUUCAAUGCAUCCCACUAUUCAUGAUGGAGAUCUCGUACUCGCAGAAAGACUUAGUGUAAAUAAUGGAAAUAAUAAUACAUGCGUCGGUGAUAUCGUUGGAUGUUUGAGCCCACACGAGCCGGAACAGCUGUUAUGUAAACGAGUGGUCGCGAAGGAGUCCGAUCCCGUUAACUCCGACUUGCUACCGAGUGCACGUGUUCCACGUGGACAUAUCUUUCUGCAAGGUGAUAACCCUAUGGCUUCUACAGAUUCGCGGCAUUUUGGACCUGUUCCACUUGGACUAGUUCAAAUUCG